AGGCGGGCGUGCGAGGAGGGAGGUAAUAGAGGGAUAUGUCUGUGCUGGCUAACUAUAUCCCCUCACUCGGUUCUAAUUUAAGGCAGCGAGACCGUGAGUUACUACCAGCGUUAUUAAUGGUGUUUGAUCACGCCUGAAAUUACCCCACAUGAGCCUUCGUCUUCCCUGUAUGUGUCUUGUAUUGGACGUAAAAUUUAGCUGUGGCUGGGUGAUGGUGGCGGCCCUAUAUAGCUCUUUUAUUUCCCUUUUGAGGCUUUAUUUCUCGCUAAUUCACGUGUUUAAAGCUCGUCUGUGUGUCCUGGUCAUAUUAUUUUACUGCCAAGCUUAUUUAAGGGGUCAUGUAUGUGUUCUCUAGGGGUUAAAAUCAACUGGGGUGAUUUAGUAUAUAAUUUUCUUGUUAAUUCAUGUGUUUGAAGCUUAUAUGUGUGUUCCAGUCAUAUUAUUUAACUGCCAAGCUUAUUUAAAGAGUCAUAUGUGUUAUAGCGGUAAAAAUCAACUGCUGGGGUGAUUUAGUAUAUAAUUUUCUUGUUAAGUCAUGUUUGAAGCUUAUAUGUGUCUUCCAGUCAUAUUAUUUAACGGCCAAGCUUAUUUAGAAGGUCAUAUAUGUGUUCCAGGAGUCAAAAUUAACUAGUGGGGUUAUUUGGUAAAGACUGGGAAAUAAGGAAUUGGAAAAGUAGAUGUAUUUCUGGUUAAUUCACUUGUUUGAACGUAGUCUGUGUGUCCUUUGUGAUAUUAUUUAACUGCCAAGCUUAUUUAGAAGGUCAUAUGUGUGUGCUAGUCGUAAUAAUCAAUUGGUGGGUGUGAUUUGAUAAUGAUUGGUCAGGAAGGUCAAAAGUGAUUGGUGGGUGUGUUCAUGGUUGAUAUACGAGUUUAAAUCGUGUUCGUGCACACUUGCUGUAUUAAUUAACUGCCGAGCUCAUUAACAAGGUCAUUAGUGUGCCAAGAGGGAGCUGUCAUGGAGGGAUUGAUAAAGAGGGACGGAUUAAGGGAGAUCAGUGAAGGUCAGGUCAAGGGAGAUUAUUAAAGGUCAUAUCAAGGGAGAGUAGUACAGAGGAUGAUUGGUUAAGGGAGAUUAGUAUAGAAGGUCAUGUCAAGGGAGAGUAGUACAGAGGGUGAUGGGUAUAGGGAGAUUAGUACAAGUCAGGUUAAGGGGGAUUAGUGUAGGGUGAUAUUAGGGGAGAAUCAGUAUAGAAGGUCAGGUCAAGGGAGAUUAGCACAGAGGGUGACAGGUUAAGGAAGGUCAUUGGAUAUUCAUUACUAAUAUACACUUCAGAUAAUUUUCUGUGCAUUGUUUUAGUGUUAAUCAAAUGUCAAGCAUACUUAGAAGCCCUUAAAAUUGCAGAAUUAUAGUUGUCAUGAAGGUAUUUUUACUAAUGAGAUGGAGAUAAGCACUAUAAAUUGUUUUCCUUGCUUUCUCUUAGUAUUAAUCAAAUGUCACGCAUACUUAGAAGCCCUUAAAAUCACAAAAUUAUAGUUGUCAUGAAGGUAUUUUUACUAAUGAGACGGAGAUGAGCUCUGACUGAGGCCACACGAACCUAUUGCAUAUGCCCCUAACUUUUCCUUUUACAUCAGUGCACAAGUCAACCAAAAUAUGAUUAAGUAAUGCAAGUAGGUCUCAAACAGCAGAAGCCAUAGACCAAAGUAAAAGAAAUUCAAUGAUAAACUGAGCUUCACAAGUGGAAUUCAAAUAGCAUGGCAAGUAGGUUACAUGUGUAGAAUAGGAUGACUUCAAAUAGCAGGAGCUAGUGUAUCCACCAAAGUGUCUUUUGAUUUGGAACCCUUCUGUGUAUCCCCUUCAUAGCUACAUCUUUUUUUUUCUUCACCUUAAUCCCUAAUGUGGUCACCCUCUCUUAUAUGUUGUCGCCAAUAGCUUCUCUUCCUCCAGACCCAACUGUCUCGUGUCUCUCAAUAUCCCCCUCUCCCAUCUUUUUUUUUCCUCGCCUUAAUCUCUAAUGGGUUUGGCCUCUUUUAUAUGUUAUCGCCAGUAGCUUUCCCGUCUUCUGCAUCCUCUUCCUCCAGACCCAACUGCCUCAUGUCUCUCAGUAUCCCCUUCUCACAUCCAGCCACCAAAUUCCCUUGAUUUGAAACACAACUGUAUUUCCCCCUCCUUCUCAUGUUCCUUUGGUUCUCUUGUAGUGGCCGAGCAGACACAGAGAGGCCCCUAACUCUUAUGGUACCCCUCUUUGGCUCAUUCUGUACAGUGUUGUUGGUCUUCCCUCCUCCCCCUUGGUUGUCAGUUAGAUUCCCAGCCUGAUCAGAGUUGCUGUUUUAUUACUUUGACUCCCCCAUUACUUCCCCUCAACAAAAAGAUUAAUUUUUUGUGUCUUUCAGUAAUGUAAAUCACCCUCAAUACCCUUUUUCAUAGCUGAGACUCACACAUCCCUGCAUGCCCGCCCUUCCAGCUAACACGCACACACACACACUCACACACAAACCUAUUGUUCCUACCCCCCACAGACAGCUCAGCAGCACGCCACCCCAUCGCCCACCAGGAGCUGCCACCAGAGGGCUGGAUGCGGUCACCACUAUGCCUGUGUCGGAGGGUGUGUGGCUCCUUGGUCAAUACAGACAAGCUUGCGUUGUUGAGGCGUAUGGUCGAAUUCCUGACGAGCCUCGCCCCUGUCACCACCCUAGUCAUCAUCCUCCUCCUCACUUACCACUCGUACCAGCUUAUGAAAGCUAGCGGUUUGAACACCAUUCUUGUGUACUUCUUCAGCAUUGAGAUUUUUGGAAAUUGGCUGCUCUUUUUCUGCACCAAGAGCUACAUUGACAAAUCCUCUGGAAAUAGUGAGCUAGCGCCCGGCCUGUCUCACGAUGACUGCAAACAGCUGCGUUACUGCCCCACCUGCAAGAUCUACAAGCCGGAGCGCAGCCACCACUGCUCCCUGUGUGACCGCUGCAUCCACCAGCGUGACCACCACUGCUUCUUCCUCGGCACCUGCGUCGGGGGAUACAACCUCUGCUACUUCAUCCUCUUCUGCUUCUAUGCCUGCCUAGGGUGCUUGUACGCUGCCAGGCUGCUCCACCGUUAUUACUCCGGCACUUACCUGAGGACGUUCUGGUCCUCAGAAUUCCUCUACUACUUCUAUCCCAUCACCCUCGUCAUGUGGAUGCUUGGCAAGGCCCAGCUGGCAGAGGUGGGCUGGGUCACGCUGCUCUACGUCUCCUCGGCCACCGUGGUCUUCACCGGCUUCUGUGUGGUGCAGCAGCUCGUGUUCGUCCUGCGGGGCCAGACGGCGUAUGAGUACAACAAGGGCCUCCUCAUGGUGCACCGCUCUGCCUUCCACAACUUCCUUCACGUGUUUGGACGGUACUGGAUCCUGCACAUCCUGAUCCCCUUCCCUCGCCGCCGCACCGCCACGGACCCACGGAGUUUCCUCAAGAUUGUCUGAGAGCAUGUCAGCUCCCUGCUCUCCCCCGGGGCUGGUAACAACUCCUCAGAGCUUCUCUCACUCCAAAGUAUUAUCUAGUCUCCAAAAGGGUAGUGACCUCAUAGGGAUAAUUUUACUACAAUUUGUUUUUAUUUCUAUUUUGGGUUAAAAACAAUGACCUCAAAAGUUGCAUUAGUAUUAAUUAACUCUUUUCACAGCAUCAACCUUCAGGCUUUUUUACUCUUUAGACAGCAACUCUUUUUUAGCCAAACAAGUAUUUGGAACUUUAUUUAUAUUCUGGAACCUAAUGCGAUGCUUCAGAGUGUCCUCCAUCCAUGCGAUCUUCCAUAUCAUUCAUGGCAGCUUGAAAUGAAGAAAUGAAGUGUCUUCGACCUCCUCUAAGGAAAUAGUUUUGUAUGAUGGGUUGUGUCGGGACUGACCAUCACUCGAGACCUUUUACAACAGCGUAUUGGCAGUGAGGCGUGGCGGCACUCACCUAAAGCCUCACCAUAGGACAGGUCCGUAGUUGGUGAUAAAAAGUGAAGUAUAUAUGAUAUUUGUAAACCCCUUUAGACUAAAGUUUAUACUUACAUAUAUCAGUAGCAGACAUAUCAUAAUGUAAGGGCAAUGUAAUAUUUUUCCAAUCUAAAAUUUACAACACAUUAUGUAUUUUGAGAUGAAGAGAAAAGGUCUUGGUGGUGGACUGUGGAAGAGUUGCAUUUUGCAUUAUCUAAUUGACAACUGUAAAAUUACUGUCAUCAUGAAUUUCACCAUUUUAUAAAGGAACAAGACAAAAUUAGGUUACCUUUCUAUAUUGUAUUUCUAUAAACACUUCAACACAUUUUAACAGAAAGUUUUGACUAAGUAAAAUAUCAUUGCUAUUGGUUUCUAUCAUGUAACAGUGCCAGAAGUAAGCAAUGAUACUGCUGUGUUCUGCUUGUGGCACAUAUUAUUUCACAGUGAUGGUACUAUUUUUAUCACCAACCAUUGUGUUAUCCCAUCGCCACACUGUCACCAACUCACUGCAGCACAUCCCUGGAGCAUAUCAUGUCACAGCUGCUUCCCAUACAAGAAUACUCAACCUAUUGACAUGCAACAGCAGACAUACUAACCAUCAUAAAUCAUCUUUAUAUACAUGCACAAACGGGGUAUACAAUGUACAAUGUUUUUACCACACAAGUCAUUUUCAACUGGAGCUUUGGAGUUAACAUUCAGCACCUUUCUUAUGCACUGUAUGAAACACACCUCGUAGUCAUCCUUGCACAGGUGCAGAACGGUUCUUGUCGUAGGUGUUCCUUGUUUCCUGCUGCUAAGUCUUGGUGCAGGCCCUAGCGAAUGACACGCAGCACCAAAGUAAUGGAUUAGGUAGAAUGUUCCUAGUCAGAUUCUUUCUAGAUCCUCAUAUCCUUUCUAGGGCUGGAAUGAGUAUAUUUUGUAUAUUGUAUAGAUGUUUCGUUGUUGCCAGUGUCUGCUCCAGUACAGAGGCAGGAAAAUCACUCAGGCUUUCAUUCCUUCAUCGGGAUGUUUGUCCUUGGUUUACCAACUCACAUAACUAAGAGUAUAUACUUCUUAAGAACAUUUUUCUCCACAGAAACUGUUGCCUAUUACCAACUAUACUUUUUAGUUUAACAGUACAGUGUUUGAAGAAAUUUCCUCACAAUUUACAUUUGGACUGUAUCAUUGUAGCCCCUCUCCUGACUUGGGUUGUUCCUUGGGAGAGGCUGAGAGAGGCGAUGGUGGUGUUGCUGUACUGGAGCAGAACAGUGCUAAAGGCGGGCUAGGCCCUUCCGUCAUGUGCUUGUAGAUUGCAUGAUAACCAACAUACUGGGCAGAUGUAGAGUAUGCUAGAAGGACAUUAGUUUUUUCACCUAUCCUUGCACCUCCUCUCCUGCUGCUAUCACUUCCACUGUCUUAUUGGAUGCUUUCCAGCAGCACACCAGAUAUGAUUAAGAAGCUGUUGUUGCUCAAUUUGCAUGUUUCUUUCAUAUCCUUGCUCUAAACACUUCACUUGACUCCCUCCGAAUAUUCUGAACUUUGCAUUUCUGAAUUCCUCAGUGAAAGAGUUUCCAACAUUGCUGUGAUACUUUUCAUAUCAUUCCUUUGAAUGUCCUUUGUGUACAUAUUUAUAUAUACAUAUACAUACAUGAAAAAUAUAUAAAGUAAAUGUUCCUUUAAUGUAUAAUUCUACAAAUGUGUAAGAACAGAUAACCUGCAACUUAUAAAGUGCACUGCUGAUAUCAAUGUAGUGUGGUGCAGCGAGCCACCUCGCCCCAGUGUGCCGAGGCCCCCUGGAGGAGCCUUGGUACUCUGUGUUUUGUAUUUUGUUGUUUUUAGUUUAUGUGUUUUAUUGCUUUUCUUGUCUAAAAUUGCUUUAAGGUCAUUCCUCCACUUUGUACAGUAAAUGAAUUUCAAAUCUGCCAUCUUUCUUGAAAAAUGACUGUUUGCAGAAAAGUGCUUGUUAAAGGGACUCAACCUUAAUAUUAGUAACCUGACUUAAGACUCAUAUAACCUGCCUAACUUAGGAUUCCACCACCUGUCAUGGUGUAUGGUAAUUUAAGGAGCCUGAAUACAACCGAAGCUUCUUAAUGUGAACUUUGGCUUAACCUCCGGUGACCAUUAACCAGACCAAACCAUAACAGGUCGCACAUUGCUGGUCAAUCUGGGCCUCUUCUGUUGUAGUGCCAGCAGCAUGGUUGAUUCCACUUUUCUCAAGAGAAGACAAUCCCAUUGAUAAUAAAGAAUGAUGUACACGUUUGAAAUUCAUUUUGUGUGGAGAAAAGAUUAGUAAUUUCUGCAAUAUUUCCUGGCCGGUGUCUCUGUAUGUCUUGAGCGGUCUAGUCGUGCUGAUUCCCGUAAACAACUUCAUAAGACUUCCCUGGCUAGCAGAAAGGUGUUGUAGGUCUUCUGUGGAGACUGUUGAUAAAUGAAGCCAUACCUGGUUGCUAUAAGUAUAAUAUUACUUUCACUGUGUUUCGUGAAGUUGUUGAUCUCUUGAUAAUGGCUUGUUACAUUACAUCUUUGUGGGAAGAGAUGUUUUAUUGUUGUUUUCAUUGUUGUUUGUGAACAUCAAUGUUUGGGUCUUUUUAGAUUCAUUAUGCUUAUUAUGAUUAUUUAUAUUUAGUACAAAGUAUUAUGUGAUUUUUUUAAAUAUUUCUAUACCAAAGUAGAUGGAAUCAUCAUCAGGUAUUAACAUGAUACUCAGUGAUUUGCAUUCCAAACCCUUAUCUCUCUUGCACUCACACACACACACUCACACACACACCACGCCACGCCACGCCACGCCACACCACACCACACCACACCACACACACACACACACACUUUUUUCACACAGAGCUUGUGAUUGUGAAUCUGAGAUUGAGUUGAUUAAUGCGAUUUCUUAGGUGCCAAAUCUAAGGUGUUAUUUAUCAAUUAUAGAAGUUAUGCUUCUCAUUUAUUCUUGCACGGCAAGUUUUUACAGCUGCCACUUUUAUGCAACUAAAUACUACUUAAGAGCUUUUUACAACUGAAGAAUUAUAAUUGUAAGGCUACAGUAAGUUGGGAAAGAUAAUGGGAUAGGGAUGGGAGGUGGAAAGGCCAAAAGUUAAGACAGAAGAGGUGGAGAGUGUUGACAAAGGGAUUGUUUAUGGUCCCCUGUUGUAAGGUGGAGGUGAACACUGCUCUAAAAAUAUUAAAACUCAUUGCAGUUAAGUGAUUUAAGGAAUGUUACAUGAGAGGUAAGAUUCCACGGGUCUUGCUGCUUAAUGCUGGUAGACCAAGCUACAGAAUGAUACAUUUAAACUGUGUUAUAAUGAAGUCAGAAUAAGUAAGGUAUUUUAUAAUUGAUUUUUUUAUGAAAUGAUAAAGAUUGAAAAAAGGUUGUGAAUGAGAGUUGCAACAAAGCUAUUUUUUUCCCUGUGUAAUGUAUUGAUGUGGGAUUUGCUCACUACUUUAAAAUAAUCUGUGAAAGCAGUCCUCCACCUCUCUGCUCUUGUGUGGCUGUUGGCAUGGAGUGUAAUGUCAGCUCAGCAUGUAACACAACCUUCACCCACCCUAAGUUUAUAUAUUUCAGCAUAAAAAAAUCUAUACAUGGUCACAUUGUUUGGGGAAGACCUUCAUCUCCGGUCACAAUAUAUGUUGUGCUGUUAAUAUUUGCGUCUAUGUACACUUCAGCUUCGGUCACAAUGCAUUGAGCGUUACACUGCACUGCACUUAUUAAGAUUGCUGCACUUGGGUGUCGUCCAUUACCAUAGACUAGCACUUUAUGUACCAUGAUUAUCUUAUUUACAGAAAAUACAUGAUAAACGCUGA